CCCAGCGUCCGGGCAACGGCCGCCAUGCCCGUCUGGGUGCACGACUUCAGCUGGGAGCAGACGUCCGAGGCCGUGCGCCUGACCGUGCCGCUGCGGGCCGGCCGCCUCCGCCCCCACGGCCUCUUCUGCACGGAGCGGUACCUCAAGGUGAACGCGCCGCCGUUGCUCUUCGAAGCCGCGCUCUUCGCCCCUAUCGACGCCGAGCGCAGCCGCGCCGAGAUCCGGGAUGGCUGCGUCGUCUUCACCCUGCUCAAGAAGGAGGCGGUCCCGUGGGCGUCGCUGCGGGCGGAGGACGGGAACGAAGCAAAGAUGCGGGAAAUUCGCGAAGAGGCCGUCCUCCAAGCUCAGGAGGAGGCCCGAGCGAAAGCAGCGGCGAAGUCUGCAGAGAAACGGGAACGCGGCAGAUUUGCUCUGGAUGCCACCAUCAAGCUAGAAGAAGCAGAAAGAAAAAGAAUAGAAGAGCUAAAAGAACAAGAACGGAAAAAAAGCACUGAGGAGAUUGAAGCAUGGAAAAGGCAGAAUGAGAUGCAAAAGAAAGUAUGUACUAAAUUCCAGUUGCCAAACAGAAAUACAGAAGUUCUCCGAGAAAUAAAAGAAUGCCAGAACUUGGGAUCUUUUGCUGGAAAGGGAGUGUCCACAUCAGGAGCAUUAGCUAAAGGUGGAAAUUAUGGAAAUAUGUUUUCAGAAAAGAUAAAGGAAGAUUCAAUUCCUUCUCCACGUCCUCCUGGUAGCAUUAUGAUACAUUUUACACCUCGUGUCUUUCCAACAGCCCUUAGAGAAUCACGAAUCCCAGAGGAGGAAGAGUGGCUAUGUAAACAAGCAGAGGCUCGCAGGAUAAUAAAUGCAGAUAUUGCUGAGAUCGAGGAUUUAAAAGAAGAGGAAAAGAACCCAGAGUGGUUGAAAGACAAGGGAAACAAAAUGUUUGAAACCGGUAACUAUCUGGCUGCCGUCAAUGCUUACAACUUGGCAAUUCGUAUUAAUAACCAGAUACCAACCUUAUAUUUGAAUCGAGCUGCUUGCCACCUGAGGCUGAGAAAUCUACAUAAAGUAAUUGAGGAUGCCUCUCAGGCCUUGGAGUUGCUCACCCCUCCGGUUUCCAACAAUGCCAAGGCAAGAUUAAAAGCUCACCUGAGGCGUGGGACAGCAUUCUGUGAACUGGAAUUGUAUACAGAAGGCCUUCAAGAUUAUCUGGCUGCUCUCAAGAUCGAGCCUACAGAUAAAAAUAUAGGACAGGAUGUGGAGAAGAUUCGGCGCAUAAUUCAAGGCAACGAGUAGAAAAAUUCUUCUGGCAAGUUUAGAAGAUGUUUUUGGACUGGGCGUCCUCCGCUCCCUCUGGAGCCUCCUCACUCCCGACAAGCCCAAUAAAGGCGCUUCUCCUCCUCCUGCCGCCUUCGCCUCUCCACCGCUCUUCUCCCUGCGGGGGCGGGCGGGCGGGCGACGGAGGGGGGGCUACACCGGCGAGCGGUCGGCGCCCGUGUUGAUCCCGUUGUGCUGCGGCGGCCCGGCGGCGGCCAGGUGGGCGGUGAAGGCGCUCUCCAGUGGGCAGAAGCGGCAGGGCGCCGUGGCCGAGGUGGGGCGCAGGGCGCCGUAAUCGCCGGCGGUGGUCUUGUAGAGCAGCGGUACCGGCGCGCUCAGGGGCGUGCCUGUCAC